ACGUUAAUUGUCAUACAAAGCUUUUAAAUAUUAAAAAAUCGUAUAAACUUUAAAAAGUUAAGUUUUGUUAUCAAACUAACUUUUGCAAGAAGUAUUAGUUUGUAUACUAAAAAAAAUAUUUCAAAUUAGGCAAUUAACCUGAUUAUAAAACCUAUGGUAUGGUAUAUAAAGUGUAAACUAAAUUUUGUAAACUAUCACAAAAAUCCCUAUUAAUAAUAUAGAAGUUGUUCGUCAAAAUGCCGUUGUUAGAAUCUUGUUGGUCACCAUGUAUCUGGUCUUCCAACGUCAAGGCUGGAAGCAAUGCAGUCGCAUUAUACACAGCAGCUAUGAGUAUAGUCCUGAUAACCUUUAUUGGAUAUCAGAUGGCUGGAGGAGAUUCCACUCAAAUUUGGAACCCAUUAUUUGAAGCUGAUGUUAGAGGAUCUCUCCAGGUCUUUGGUAUCAUAUUCAUUAUAAUACUAUUUGGCUUAUUUAUAUCAUCAAUUUUAAUGGUGAUUGGCAUGAAUAUCUGGAUGAGAGGGUUAAUGCUUCCCUGGAUGCUGACGAUGGGCCUGAUUAUCACUUUCCAAUGUGUCUUCAGCUUAUGGCUCAUUGGUGGAUAUUAUAUUUAUUUGGAGGCAACAUUUGCAGCUUUACUUAACUUUCUGUGGUUAGGAUAUAAUAUCUACUGCUGGUUGUGCGUGUUUUCACAAUAUCAGGUUAUAUUAGAGAUGCAGUCACCAAAUAUUGAAAUUUUAGUAGAAUACUAAAUUACAUUUCAUUAACGGCUAGGACUUCUGUUUUAAUUUUGCAUUUACAUUUUUUACACUGCUAGAACCCUAAAAACGGACUUGAUUAUAAUUGAAUAAUGGCCCUGACAUUUUCUAUGCAAACUACUUUCUGUAAAUCCAGAAAGAAUAGAUUAAGGAAACCUUGGAGUUAAGGACAUUCUAGCCAACUAGUAAAUUGUCGUUGGAAUACUUAUGUUAUAUUUACACCUUAUUGAUUCAUUUAGAAUACCUAUAGUUAUAGAUAUAUAUUAUAAAUUAUUGUUUUACAUAAUUUAUAGUGAAUAAGUUGUCUGAAGUUUUUGACAUUUUAUCUAAAAUAAUUAUGAAUCUCACAAAUUUUUUAGGUAAGUACAACAGGUCCGUCCAUAUAGACUGUUUAUUUCAACUAAGCUUUAGAUUAUUGUAACAGGAAUAGAUAGUUAAUAAAUAUAUUUCUAUUUUUA